AUGGCAACCAAAUACGAAAUGUCAAAAACUUAUCAAUACCGUAAGGUCAUGAAACCUUUAUUGGAACGCAAACGUCGUGCUCGCAUCAACAAGUGUCUCGAUGAUUUGAAAGACUUGAUGGCCGAAUGUUUCCAAAGCAAUAGUGAAAACAAUGUUAAAUUUGAAAAGGCUGACAUCUUGGAAGUAACCGUUCAACAUUUGCGCAAAUUGAAGCAGCAAAAAGAGCAAAUCGCCCACAACAAUGUAGCUGCUCAGCAAAGUUUCCGUUCCGGUUACAUACAAGCCGCAAAUGAAGUGCCGUCCCGCUGCAUGGCCACCUUACCCAAGGUUGAUGUACAAUUCGGUACUAAGCUUAUGACUCAUUUGGGUUUACGUCUCAGCCAAUUGGAAGCUCCCCAAGAAAUACCCACAGCUGUCAACAGCCCACUAUCAGUAACCUGCUCCACUCCUCAUUCAUCAAUUAGCCUCUACAGUCCAGUAUCCAGUGGUUAUGCCAGCGAUAGUGAUUACUCACGUUCAUCUCCUGCUCUUUCACAACCCCAGGGACUUUUGCAACAAGUAUCCUCUACUCCAGUCUGGCGUCCUUGGUAAAUUGUGCUAAAAUUAUCAUCAUCAGCAUAAAAAAAAACAAACCAAUACCAGUAGUGCACUUGAGUUCUUCCAUUACAUUAACGAUCUCGUUUAGUAUUUAAGAUUUUAUUAUUUUUUUUAUAUAAUUAAUUUAAUAUUUGUUAAACUAUUAUUAGGAUUUAUUUUUUUAUUGUUUUCCACAUGUAGUAGCUUUACAUAAUCCAACUGUGAUAGGGUAGCGAUUUUUAUUAUUAUUAUUUCACUCAAUUUAUCAUAAUUAAUGAUAUACAAUUACUUGUAUGUAUAAAAGAAGAAAAAAAAACUAUACAAAAUAUAACUCAUUAUAUAUAAAAAACAAACAUAUAAA